UCUGGCAUGGGGGUGGAGAAUAGAAAGACCUCUGCCUGUGGGACUGUGGUGGAAAGUAGGGCUGUGUGAGUUUGUCUGUUUAGGCAAAUGUGGAAAGAAAAAGGGACAGAAGACAAAAACACGGUGGCUGGACCAAAAAGACAUGAAAAGGACUUACAGAUGAAGAGGAUGGACGAAACAUCAGUUUCAAUUCAACUGAUCUGAACCCAGAAAGAAGGAGAGAAAGAUAAAGUAGUGCUAGAGAAGACCGGGGACAUGUCGGUACAGGAGGAAAGGAAAAAAUCAGUGAGCAGUCUUUGACUUAUGCCUCUAACAGUUGAGGGGCAAAUUCAGUCACACCAGUUAGACAGGAAGACAAAGAGAGGGUCUGUUCCAAAGUGUUAGAAAACAGGUGGACACAAAGAAAAGAUUGCGUAUCUAGUCAGAGCAAGCAAAAACGAAAGGGAGGAGGAAAUCUGAAAUCAUAGCAGCCGUGACAGUCAGCAGAUAAAGUGGAGGUUGUAAUGGAAAGGGGGAACAGAAGGUGAGGGGAGCAUAACGGGUGAGGAAGUUAUGAGGGGACAGUUCUUGAAGACCUUCCUCUCUUUGAUGAUCACUGUCCUGUUGGUGAGCCUUCUGACAACCAUCAUGUGGUACAGGUUAGACAACAAUAAUGUGCAACCUCAACGAUCACAUCCUCAAAAGAAUAGUGCUCCUAAAUCCUCUGCUUCAUGCAAAGACUGCAGGGAGAAUAUAAAUAAAGUGUUAGAGCUCUACUCAGGAGCCUGGAAGAAACAAGAGGCGAAUUACCAAACGUUCAGGUCGCAGCUGAGCACCAAGUGCCAUGGUUUUGAGAAGGCCACCAUUACCCAGACGAACACUCCAGUGGGAACAAAGCUUGUUUAUGAUGGAGACAGGAAGAGAACGCUUCAGGUGAACCUGGAGAUUUUCAGCACCUUUUAUAAAGGGCAUCCUUUCCCAAAUAAAACAUGGCACACAUGUGCUGUUGUUGGGAAUGGUGGGAUUCUGGCAAACAGCAGCUGUGGUAAAAUGAUUGACUCAGCUGAGUUUGUUAUCAGGUGCAAUCUACCUCCUUUGUCUAAUGGGUAUGAGAAACAUGUGGGCAUCAAGACAGACCUUGUGACAGCAAACCCAAGCAUCCUUUUGGAAAAGUUUGGGGGUCUCAUGGGACGUCGACGUAUGUUUGUGGAGAGUCUGCGCAGCUAUAGCCACUCUUUGUUGCUUCUUCCUGCCUUCUCCUUUGCCCACAACACUCCUGUGUCUCUACGGGCUUUUUACACACUGGAGGACUUUGAAAGCCCCAUCAGACCAAUCUUCUUCAACCCAGGGUACCUCAAGAGUCUGGCCCUCUUCUGGCGCUCUCAGGGCCUAAGAACAGUACGGCUCAGCACUGGUAUCAUAAUGACAAGCCUAGCUCUGGAACUCUGUGACAACGUGCAGCUGUAUGGAUUCUGGCCCUUCGAUGUUCAUCCACAUAGCUUUCAAACCCUUACUAACCACUAUUAUGAUGACAGGAAAACCAAAGCAAAGUUCCACGCCAUGCCAGAUGAGUUUAACCACUUGUUGCGUUUGCACACACAGGGCGUGCUCAAAUUACACCUGGGAGAAUGCAAAGCAGGGGCAAACUAGAGCCUUUAGGAAAAAUAGCAAAGUGCCUUCUCUGUUGCUUCAGGAUGAAACCCAUCUUUAAGACAUUUAUAAUCUUAUUUUAAAUAAGUGGACUGUAUGGAAUAGACCGAGCAUAACCCCACAAUUCAGCAAAUCUAUCAGCAGCUACAAACUUGUACUCUGAUUGAAAUGCAACCAUAAGAAGUCAAGGAGCAGCCUGUAAAUGAGGUUAAAUUUUUUUCUCCAACUUUAUUUAUUGUGUUUUGUUCUAGCUGAAGUCAGGUGGGAGUUGUGAUGUAACAUGUGUGCCCUUGUGAGGCCAUUUUCCAUUAGUAUCUUAUGUUCUUAUGUUAUUGUAAUUUUAGGUCUGGGUGGAUGUGAGUUAAAGGAAACCAAAUACCUCCUUUAGAAGACUUUUGUGACUAAAACGAACACCAGCAAACUGAAUGUAAAAGUUUUAACAUAUUUCACCACUUUGAAAGUUUUGUUUAGAGGGAAAUAUACCUGCUUAAAUCACAUGAAUGUGCUAAUACUGAACGUUUUCUUCGCUCUGACAGACUUUGGAUGAGUGAUGGGACCUUUGUUGACUUAAAUAAAGGCAUCCUGAUAAAAAUA